CUGCUUUCCAAGAAUGGCAGAUGGCAAAGGUUUAAGGUGUCCCAGGAUGAGCAGAGGAGAGGGGCUUCCCCGGUCUCCUGCUGCACAAACAGAGAGGGACAGCUGUAACUGACCGUCCUUUGGGUCACUGCGGUCUACACUCACGGGUCAGUUUAAUCAAGUUUCACAGGAAUCAGGUACGGUUACAAAGGUAGUAAAUAAAUUAAAGAUGCCCACGAAAAAGAAAAAAACAACACAUAGAGCGGACGAGCAGGAAACUAAAGAUGUGGAUGACGAGGACUCGGAGGAUCAGGAAACCAAACCAAAGAAGAAGAGUGAGUCAGGGAGAUUGAAGAAGAGUCAGACGAAGAGCAGAGGCAGCGAUGAGGAAGAAUACAACUCAGACGCAUCAGAAGCGGACGUGAAGAAGAGCAAAAAAAAGACCAAAGACAAGGAAAAAGUUAAGAAAAAGAAAGCAAAAGAGGUGAGUGGAGAUGAGUUAAGUGUAACAUCUCAAAACUCAGAGCAAGAAGACAACAACAAUGUCUCCAAAACAGCAAAGGUAAAGAGAAACUUCCCGAUGUGAUUGAGACCACUAAGAAGGGUACGAAAAAGUCCUCUUCCAAAGACAAAAUGGCAAAAAAAUCCAAAAAGGACUCGGAAGUGGAGGAGGAGGGUGGAGAAGAGGAUGAAGGGAAGAAGAAAAAGAAGGAUAAGAAGAAGAAAGGAUCGGACAGUGACGAAGACACCAAAAAGAAAGGAAAAAAGAAGAAAGUGGAGAAUUAUGUGGAGAUUUAUGAGAAUGAGCUGAGGAACUAUGAGCCGGAGAAAGUGGAAAACUACGAGGAUGAAUACCACAAGAAGAAAGUUUACGAGGUGGUGACGAUCACAGGAGAUGAGAGAGGAGCUGGUACAGACGCCAAUGUGUUUAUCACACUGUUUGGAGAAUAUGGCAUCACUCCAAAGGUUCACCUGGCCAGCAAGAGUCGUACUGCGUUUGAGAGGGCGAAAACGGAUGUGUUCAGGAUAAGAACUCACAAUGUUGGAGCCAUUAAAAAGAUAAGGAUUGAACAUGAUAAUACAGGCAUGAACGCGAGCUGGUUUCUGGAUCGGGUGGUGGUGACAGACGUGAUCCGGCCACACCUGCGCUUCUACUUCGCCUGCAACAACUGGCUCAGCAAAGAGGAGGGAGACCACCUGUUCAUCAGAGACCUGCUGGGCACAAUGGACCCCAUGGACAUGCCUAAGUAUAACAAAUAUGUAGUGACUGUUUUGACCGCUGAUGUAAAAGGCAGUGGGACCGAUGCUGAUGUCUUUAUUAAUAUUUUUGGAGAAUUUGGCGACACAGGAGAGAGACGACUUGACAAUGAAAAGGACAAUUUUGAACAAGCAGCAGAAGACAAGUUUACAGUAGAGGCGCCAAAUCUGGGCAAAAUCAGAAAGAUCACGAUUGGGCACAACAAUAAAGGCUCCUCGGCGGGAUGGUUUGUUGACAAGGUGAUCGUGGAUGAUCUGGGAAACAAAAUAGUGUAUGAAUUUCCCAUUAAUCGUUGGUUUGCCAUUGAUGAAGAUGACGGGAAGAUCCAGAGGGACAUUUUGGUGGGAGGCAGCCAACCCACAGGUAUUGUCUACACCGUCCAGAUUGUGACAGGAAACAUCCGCGGAGCUGGGACCAACUCCAAAAUCCACAUCGUCAUGCACGGAUCCAAGGGCAUAAAAAACAGUGGCAAGGUAUUUUUAGAGGGAGGAAAGUUUGAGCGUGGUUUGACUGACAUUUUCACCGUUGAGAUCGCUGCGCUCCUCAGCCCCUUGAGUCGAGUGACGAUUGGACACGACAACGGAGGAGUCAGCUCGGGCUGGUUUUGUGAGAAGGUGGUGGUGUACUGUCCGUUCACGGGGAUAGAGCAGACAUUUCCCUGCAGUAAAUGGUUGGAUGAGAAAGAAGGAGACGGGCUGAUAGAGAGAGAGCUCUAUGAGAUGGUGUCGCUCCGGCAGAGAAGACAGAAGAAGCACCCAUGGUCUUUGUGGAUCUGGACUUCAGACCUCCCCAGCGCAGGGACAGACGCAGACAUCUCAUUCCAGAUUUACGGAGAAAAAGGAAAAUCUGAUGAGAUACGACUUGACAACAAAACGGACAACUUUGAGCAAGGCCAAAUUGACAGAUUUAUGGUUGAGCUGCCUGAUUUUGGAAAGUUGACUAAACUUCGUAUUUGGCAUGAGAAGAGGAACCCAUUUGCAGGAUGGCAUCUGAGUAAGGCGACCAUCAUGAAGACUUUAACCAAAGAGAAGUACAUCUUCCCCUGUGAGCGCUGGCUGGACACAAAUGAAGACGAUAAUGAAGUCGUGAGGGAGCUGCCCGCCACUGGAGACCUCAUAGACGAGCCCCUCACCUUGAUAAAGUACAGAGUGACUGUCUGCACUGGAACCGUAGGGGGCAGUGGCACAGACGCUUCAGUUUUUCUAAACAUAAUUGGAGACAAAGGAGACACAGGAGACCGAGAGCUGAUCAACUGCAAAAACAAUGUCAACAAGUUCGAAAAAGGAAAUUUGGAUGAGUUCAUUAUUGAGGCGGUGUCCGUGGGAAGAGUGCGCAGAAUCAGGAUCGGACACAAUGGUAAAGGAGGAGGCUGUGGCUGGUUUCUGGAUAAAGUGAUCGUGAGAGAGGAGGGACAGGCAGAGGCUCACGCUGUGGAGUUUCCGUGUAAUAGAUGGCUCGAUCGAAACGAGGACGAUGGACAAAUUGUGAGAGAGUUAGUGCCUUUUUCAGAUGGCCAACGUCUGUAUAACAUGAACUAUCACAUAGCUGUAAAGACGGGAAACAUCCCCGGGGGCAGCUCGGACUCAAAUGUGUUUGUGAAGCUUUAUGGAGAGAAAGGCGACACCAGUAAAAUGAUGCUGGUGGUCUCCGACAACAACCUGGGAAACUACUUUGAGAUUGGCCGUGUGGACGUGUUUACUGUAGACACCUUUGACAUUGGACAGAUUAACCGUUUGAUGAUCGGUCACACCAAUGUGGGCAUGCGGGCGGGCUGGUUUCUGGACAGUGUUCAGAUCAUGGUGCCCGUUCAUGGGAGUCAGUACAUGUUUCCCAGUCAUCGCUGGCUCUGCAAAGAUGAGGCUGAUGGAAAAACAGAGGUGGAGAUCUACCCCAGUGAGAUCCUGGACAUGGAACAAUACAUAAAUUAUGAGAUCAGUGUGGUGACAGGAGACGUGACAUUUGCCGGUACCAACGCCAGAGUGUUCAUGCAGAUGUACGGGGACAAAGGGAAGUCUGAAGUCACGAUCCUCGAAAGCAGAUCCAACAAUUUUGAGAGAAAUACCACGGAAAUAUUCAAGAUUGAGGCCAAAGACGUUGGUAAAAUCUUUAAGAUCCGGAUCGGCCAUGACGGCUCUGGGAUUGGGCCGGGCUGGUUCCUGGAGUCUGUGGAUGUGAAGCAUUUGAUCAUGGCCAUGGCACCGAAAGAGAAGAAGAAGGACGACAAGAAGAAAAAGAAGAAGAAGAAGAAAGAUGAAGAGGAGGAUGAGGAUGAUGAAGGAGAGGAGAUGCAGGAGGUGGUCUUUACGUAUCAUUUCCCCUGUUCGCGAUGGCUGGCGUCUGGGGAGGAGGACGGAGAGUUGGUGGUGGAGCUGCUGCCUGAAGAUGCAGAGGACCUGGAAGUCAACACGUACGAAGUGAGCGUGUUCACUGGAGGCAUGAUGGGAGCCGGGACUGACGCCAAAGUCUUCGUGAAUAUUUAUGGUGAAAACGGAGACACCGGAGAACGCUACCUGAAGAGAUCCAACAACCUCAACAAGUUUGAAAAGGGCCAGGAGGAUGUUUUCACAGUGACGGCCGUUGAAUUGGGUCCUUUGAAAAAGCUCCGCAUUCGCCAUGACAACUCCGGCUCUUACUCCUCCUGGUAUCUGGACCGUGUCGAGAUAGUGGACACAAAGGACGACACAACAUAUUUCUUCCCGUGUAAUCGCUGGUUAGCCGUGGAUGAAGAUGACGGACAGAUCGCCAGAGAGCUGGUGCCGGUGGACGAAGCGUUCAUGUGGAAAGAUGACGAUGAGGAAGGGGGCGGGGCCAAACUGGGACUCGAACAGAAAUCGAUGUCGACUACAUACACCCUGAAAAUAAAAACUGGAGAGAAGAAGUAUGCUGGGACAGAUGCCAACGUCUUUGCAAUUCUUUUUGGUGAAAAUGAUGAUACAGGUAUUAUCAACCUUAAGGCCUGCAAGAACUACAAGAACAAGUUUGAGCAGGGGAUGGUCAAUGAGUUCACCGUAGAGGCAGUGGACUUGGGCGACCUGGAGAAGAUGAGAAUUGGACAUGACAAUUCAGGGGGGUCACCGGGCUGGUUCUUGGACUGGGUGGAGAUUGACGCUCCGUCCCAAGGUCAAAGACUGCGGUUCCCCUGUGGACGGUGGCUGGACAGAGGAGAGGACGACGGAGCCAUAGUACGAGAUCUGUUACCUGCAGAGUUACAGACAGAAUACUACACACCAUUCGUACCGUAUGAAAUUAAGAUCUUCACCAGUGAUGUGUUUGGGGCCGGGACGGACGCAGACGUGUUCAUGCUGUACGGUCAGAAGGGAGUGAGCACACAACAGAAGCACCUGUGCGUCAACAAGAGAGAGCGCCGCCUCUACUUCGAGAGGGGAGCCGAGGACAUGUUUAUUGUGGAGUUGGAGGAUGUGGGCGAUGUCAUAGAAAAGAUCAGAAUAGGACACGACAACAGAGGCACCAACCCGGGCUGGCAUCUGGACAGAGUGGAAAUCAGAAGACAGCUGAGGAAAGGGAAGGGUUCAGAGACCACAAUUUUUCCCUGUGAGUGCUGGUUGGCUAAAUCUGAAGACGAUGGAGAGACAGUGAGAGAGCUGGUCCCCUCUGACAUCAUCACAGAAAAACUGCUCCGAGACGGAAAACUGAAAACCACAGAGACCGAAGUGGAAGAUGCUUUAGAAACUCAUUCUUACAAAGUGUCUGUUCGGACUGGAGACAUGUUUGGAGCUGGAACCGAUGCCAAUGUUUUUCUUACGAUCUUUGGAGACCUGGGAGACACAGGAGAGCGCAAACUGGCCAAAUCUGAGACCAACAAGAACAAGUUUGAGAGAGGAGAGGUGGACAAGUUCACAAUGGAAGCUGUAGAUCUGGGUCAAGUGUUUAAGAUCCUGAUCCGCCAUGAUAACACUGGUGUGGGGGCAUGCUGGUACUUGGACCAGGUGGAGGUGCUGGAUGCAGAGACUGAGGAGGUCUACAUGUUUUUGUGUGAGCGCUGGCUGUCCAAGAAGAAAGAAGACAAACAAAUCGCACGCACCUUCUUUGUCAAGGGCUAUGAAGGUGAACGAAACAUGGAUCCAAACACAAAGAAACUAGCCCAGGCCAAAUUAGGGCUCGACCGCAACGCCAACAAGAAGGAGAAGAAGAAAAAGAAGAAGAAGACAGCAGUGGUGGAAGAAGGACCAAUUAUCCCAUACCACUUCACAUUGUCCACUGGCACUGAACGCGACUCCAGCACCACAGCCAGGGUCUAUGUCAUCAUCCUGGGCCCAAAUGACACAGAGACAGAGCGUUUGUGGCUUGACCUGCCCGAGGGGAAGAAGAGCUUCGCUUCCGGGUCCAUGGAGCACUUUGUGUGCUACGGCACCGAUGUGGGAGAGAUCAAACGAGUGGAACUCGGCCACAACGGUCUCACUCCGGAGAGCUGCUGGUUGGUGGAUGAGCUGGCGGUUGCCGUGCCAACCAAAGGUAUCAAGUACAUCUUUGCGUGUAAGUGCUGGCUGGCCAAAGACAGAGGAGACGGACUCACUGCCAGACUCUUCAAUGUGUUGGACUCCAGCACCAUCAACAUCAACCGCAAAGUGGUGUACACAGCCACAGUUGUGACAGGUGACACUCAGUAUGCAGGGACAGACACAAACAUAUUUCUGAGUGUGUACGGAGCCAACGGCAGCACAGAGGAGAUGCUGCUGCCCAAAAAUGGAGACAGGUUUGAAAGAGACCAGGAAGACUCUUUUAGCAUAGAAAUCGAUGACAUUGCUCCUCUGAAGAAGAUCAGAGUUCGAAUAGAUGGAACAGGAAGUCGCCCUGAUUGGUUUCUCGAUAAGAUUAUGCUGAAAAACCUAACUACUGAGGAGCUGUAUGAGUUCACUUAUGAAAACUGGUUAUCGAAGACCAAAGGACCAAAGAGGACCAAGGUCUGUGAGCUUCCUGCCACAGUGGAUGAAGAAGAGAUGGUGGAGAGCACAACUUACACCAUUCAAGUUCAAACCAGUGACGUCGGUGGGGCUGGAACAGAUGCCAAUGUGUUCCUGAUCAUGUUUGGGGAGUACGGAGACACGGGGACUCUGCCUCUGAAGGAAAGCACCAACAGAAACAAGUUUGAGCGAAAAGGCAAAGACGUGUUCAGAUUUCCAGACAUGCUCAGUCUGGGGGAGCUGUCCAAGGUCCGAGUGUGGCACGACAACAAGGGCCCCGCUCCGGGCUGGCAUCUGGAGUAUGUCGAUGUCAAAGACGAGACCAUGGACCAGACCUUCAGAUUUCCAUGUGACCGCUGGCUCGCCAAAAAUGAAGAUGACGGGCAGAUCAUGAGGGAGCUGGCAUGUGCCAACAAUGACUCCAUCGACCUCAGUGACAAGACCAAAUAUGAAAUUGCCACAACAACCGCAAACACAGACGAUGCCUCGACCCCCGAAAAUGCCUUUGUCGUGUUGGAGGGCAGAAAAGCUCGCUCCAAAGAGUUUGUGCUGGAGAACAAGAAGAAAAAGUUCCUAUGUGGUGCUACAGAUACAUUUGAGUUUUCAUCCAAACAUGUCGGAGAAAUAGCUGGUAUCUGUCUGGGCCAUAUCACAAAAGAUGGCAAGAAGCCCAAGGGCGAAAGCUUCUGGCAUGUUAUGGAGGUAGUGGUGACCGAGAAGGAGCUGGGGAACAAGUAUUUUUUCCACUGUGACGCCCGCAUUCCCCUGGCAGCCAAAAAAGACCAGUUCUUAACAUUCGAGUGCUACAAAUCAGUGGAGAGCUUCGCCAGCAAAGUCCGUAACCUGGUGCCUGUCAAGUACGAGAUCAUUGUCAUUACUGGUGACGUGAAGGGGGCAGGGACAGACGCUAACGUCUACAUGACGCUAUACGGUGUCAACGGCGACUCUGGAAAACGCCAUCUCCGCCAGAAGUUUCGUAACCUUUUUGAGCGAGGCCAAACUGACCGCUUUGUUUUGGAGAUGCUGGACCUUGGGGAGUUACUGAGGAUUAAAGUGGAGCACGAUAACAGUCGACCGAGCUGUGGUUGGUUCUUAGAGUGUGUGGAGGUGACGAAUACAGCGAACUCAGUAACCACGAUCUUUAUGUGCGGUAAAUGGUUAGAUAACAAGAAGGCUGACGGGCACAUCCAGAGAGUGCUGUACCCCAGAUAUUAGAGCAAAUAUGCACUAAUGUUAUUGAUACUUUGCAGGAACAUCAUGCUGGGGGUGUUCUGCAUGUAACUGUAUGGUGGAAUGUUCAGACCAUGGGGAUACAAUGCACACAUUAGUCCAGUGAGGUUCGUUUGGUCUUCUGAUAAUUAGGUUCUUUUUUCAGACCAAGAGUUUGUUUUCAUACCUGACAGUUUCGACUGCUCACUGCGGUCUUCCUCAGAGUGGUCACGUGAUGUUGCUGUAAC